AUGGCUGAGGUAGAUAGAGGCUUCGGACACGAGGAGGAAGCCACAAAGGAUGGUUCCGUGGAUCUUAAAGGUCGCCCCUUCAUUCGAUCUAAAGGAGGUCGAUGGACCGCAUGUUCUUUCAUUGUAGGCUACGAAGUUUUUGAGAGGAUGGCCUACUAUGGAAUAGCUACAAACUUGGUUCUGUAUCUCACCGACAAGCUACAUGAAGGAACAGUCUCCUCAUCAAACAAUGUCACCAAUUGGGUCGGAACGGUUUGGAUGACUCCAAUCCUAGGCGCGUACAUAGCCGACGCAUAUCUCGGUCGAUAUUGGACUUUCGUGAUUGGCUCAGCUAUUUAUCUUUCGGGUAUGAGCAUGCUAACCCUAACUGUCUCUCUCCACUCACUGAGGCCACCUGAAUGCUGCAACACCCAUGCAACACCACUCCAAGUGGGCAUAUUCUACUUAUCACUGUACAUAAUAGCGGUCGGGACGGGCGGGACGAAGCCCAACAUCUCCACCAUGGGUGCAGACCAGUUCGACGACUUCGACCCCAAGGAGAGGAAGCAGAAACUGUCCUUCUUCAACUGGUGGAUGUUCAGCAUCUUUUUCGGCACACUGUUUGCCAACACGUUGAUCAUUUACGUUCAGGACGACGUUGGUUGGGGAAUUGGAUACGGCAUUCCGACUGCCGGGCUUCUCAUAUCCAUCUUGGUUUUCUUAGUUGGGACACCUUUCUACAGGCACAAGAUACCAACAGGGAGCCCAUUUACAGUGAUUGCAAGAGUACUUGUUGCUGCUAUUAGGAAGUGGAGAGCCAUACUUCCUAAUGAUUCUAAGGAGCUUUACGAGCUGAGUUUGGAGGAGUAUGUCACGAAUGGCAAGUUCAGAAUAGACCAUACCUCUUCAUUAAGAUUUCUCGACAAAGCUGCCAUGAAGAGCGGUCCAGAUACUCCGUGGAUGCUUUGCCCGGUGACCCAAGUGGAAGAAACAAAACGAAUGAUGAAAAUGCUACCGGUCUUAUUGGUGAGCAUCAUCCCGAGUGUUAUGGCCGCGCAAGUCAAUACUCUCUUUGUCAAGCAAGGCAAGACCCUAAACCGGAGCAUGGGUCCGCAUUUCAAGAUCCCUCCUGCUAGCCUUGCCGCGUUCGUGACCAUCUUCAUGCUGAUCAGCCUUGUCCUCUAUGAUCGGUUCCUCGUUCCCUUCGUGAGGAAGUACACGAAAAACCCCAGGGGAAUCACGUUGCUGCAAAGAAUGGGGAUCGGGCUCGCAAUUCACGUGCUUAUCAUGAUCGUCGCAUCGUUAACCGAAAGGUAUAGGCUCAAGUUUGUGAGAGAUCAUGGUCUAGUCGAUGAGAAGACCAUUCCUCUUUCGAUCUUCAUUCUCCUACCGCAAUUCGCGCUAAUGGGGAUCGCCGAUACGUUUGUGGAGGUCGCGAAGAUCGAGUUCUUCUACGACCAAGCACCAGAGGGAAUGAAGAGUCUAGGGACCUCAUACUUUACUACUACUUUGGGGCUGGGGAACUUCCUAAGUAGUAUUCUUUUGAAGGCAGUUUCUCAGAUUACAAUGAGAGGUGGACGUGAGGGUUGGAUUCAAGACAACUUGAAUGCGUCUCAGUUGGACUACUAUUAUGGUUUCUUUGCACUUCUCAGUGUGCUUAACCUUACCUUGUUCAUGGUUGUUUCCACGCUUUAUUCUUACAACAGUGAACGAAUGGAGGCCGGUGAUGAGAUCGUGGAGGAUGGCGCGGCAAGGCAACGGGAAGAUGAGAAAGAAGCAAAUAUUGAUAGAUAG